UUUACCUGAAAAAACCUACAAAUAGCGAAACGCGGAAACCCUAAUCUUGCUUUGGAGCUGCUGGAUUCUUCGAGCAAAAAUACAGAGAAAGCUGUGCCUGUGGUUUAGUAAGAGCAAUGGCGGAACACUUAGCGUCGAUAUUCGGAACGGAAAAGGACAGAGUGAACUGCCCGUUUUACUUCAAGAUAGGCGCUUGCCGCCAUGGAGACCGUUGCUCCCGCCUUCACACGAAACCUAGCAUCAGCCCCACCAUUCUCCUUUCAAACAUGUAUCAACGCCCCGACAUGAUCACCCCCGGCGUUGACCCCCAAGGACAACCUCUCGAUCCCCGCAAGAUCCAGACCCACUUCGAGGACUUCUAUGAAGAUUUGUUUGAGGAGCUCAGCAAGUACGGUGAGAUUGAGAAUCUUAAUAUAUGUGAUAAUUUAGCUGACCACAUGGUCGGUAAUGUGUAUGUUCAAUUCAGAGAGGAAGAUCAUGCUGCAAAAGCUCUUCAGAAUCUGUCAGGAAGGUUUUAUGCUGGACGUCCAAUUAUUGUUGACUUCUCUCCGGUGACUGACUUUCGUGAAGCUACUUGUAGACAAUAUGAGGAAAAUGUGUGCAACCGAGGGGGCUACUGCAACUUCAUGCAUCUUAAAAAGAUAAACCGAGAUCUGAGACGCCAGUUAUUUGGAAAGAGCAGAAGAAGACGCAGCCAUAGUAGAAGCCGUAGCCCUCAUGGCCGUCGUGGUCAUGAAGAACAACCACAUGGUGGUCAUGGAUAUCAUAGGAGGGGUGAUCAUCGUCACCAAGAGAGGGGACGUAGACCUAGAAGCAGAAGUCCUGGAAGAAGAGGUGGACAAAGUAGAAGUCCUGCGGGUAGGAGAAACAGAAGUCCGGUUAGGGAAGGCAGUGCUGAGAGAAGGGCAAAGAUCGAACAGUGGAAUAGGGAAAGGGAUCAUAACGAUUCUGGAAAGAGUGAGCACACUGGUGCAACCAGAGAAGGUAGCGCAGAGAGAAGAGCAAGGAUUGAGAAAUGGAAUAGGGAAAAAGAACAGAGAGAUUCUGCUGUAAACAGUGAAUUCGGCACAAAUGAAACUGACGGGAGAAAUGGAGCUGAGGAUUGUGAAGGAAAAACUUAUGAUGAUUACCACCACCAGCAGCAGCUAUGAGCUUGAGAAUGGCUAUUUCAAUUAGUGGUUUGAAGUCUUUUCUGCAGAACAAGUUCAGGACGCAAUUGGUGAUGUUGGUGGGUUGUGACAAGUGAAGGGGCAUGUUUAUGUUUAAUGAAAUGCAGGUCUAUAGUUUUGUUGAGGCAUCACUAGCAGCUACUAUACGGAUAUGUUUGACCCCCACUAGAUGAGAUGCUAGAAGCCCAUUUGUGGAGUAAACUUUAAAAAUUACAAAGAUUGUUUUAGUUAUGUUUUGUCUGAACCGACCACAACUUCCUUUUUAGUUCGUCUGGUUGAGUACAAUAGUCUUCAAAUGAUUUCAGUUCUUCAAGUGACUCAUCAUGUCUUUUGAUAUUAUUCACAUGACGUCUACCAUUUUUCUUGGUUUGUGCUGAAACAUGCAAAUCUGACGAUUAAAUGUUUUUAAAAUUACCAUUGUGCAUACAGAUCCUUGGUAUUU